ACCUGCCGGGUCCCUCCCCUCCCCGGCACUGUGAUGCUGCAGGGCAGCUGCUGGCCCAGCAUGUCUGUCCCCGGCCCCCUCCCUCCCAGCGUGUCACAACAGCGGAGGCGGCUGUAUCUGGAGCAGUUGGGGUGGGCAGGCCCGGCGGCGAGGCGAGCGGGCGAGGAGAGCGGCCGCGAUGCGGGAAUGCAUAUCUGUCCACGUGGGCCAGGCGGGAGUUCAGAUUGGCAACGCCUGCUGGGAGCUCUUCUGCCUGGAGCACGGCAUCCAAGCAGAUGGCACCUUUGGCACCCAAGCCAGCAAGAUCAAUGAUGACGACUCCUUUACCACCUUCUUCAGCGAGACUGGCAACGGCAAGCACGUGCCCCGGGCCGUCAUGAUAGACCUGGAGCCCACUGUAGUAGAUGAGGUUCGGGCAGGAACCUACCGCCAGCUCUUCCAUCCAGAGCAGCUGAUCACAGGAAAGGAGGAUGCAGCUAACAACUAUGCCCGGGGCCACUAUACAGUGGGCAAGGAGAGCAUCGACCUGGUGCUGGACCGCAUACGGAAGCUGACAGAUGCUUGCUCUGGCUUGCAGGGCUUCCUGAUUUUCCACAGUUUUGGUGGGGGCACUGGCUCUGGCUUCACUUCUCUGCUGAUGGAACGCCUCUCUCUGGAUUAUGGCAAGAAGUCCAAGCUCGAGUUUGCUAUCUACCCAGCCCCCCAGGUCUCCACAGCAGUGGUCGAGCCCUACAACUCUAUCCUGACCACCCACACCACCCUGGAACAUUCAGACUGUGCUUUCAUGGUGGAUAAUGAAGCCAUCUAUGACAUCUGCCGCAGGAACCUAGACAUCGAGUGCCCCACCUACACCAACCUUAACCGCCUUAUCAGCCAGAUCGUGUCCUCAAUCACUGCUUCUCUCCGCUUCGAUGGGGCCCUCAACGUGGACCUCACUGAGUUCCAGACCAACCUGGUGCCCUACCCCCGCAUCCACUUCCCACUGGUCACCUACGCACCCAUCAUCUCUGCCGAGAAAGCCUAUCACGAACAGCUCUCCGUGGCUGAGAUAACCAGCUCUUGCUUUGAGCCCAACAGCCAGAUGGUGAAGUGUGACCCGAGACACGGCAAGUACAUGGCCUGCUGCAUGCUCUACCGGGGGGACGUGGUGCCCAAGGAUGUGAAUGUCGCCAUUGCCGCCAUCAAGACCAAGAGGAGCAUCCAGUUUGUGGACUGGUGUCCCACAGGUUUCAAGGUGGGCAUCAACUACCAGCCGCCCACUGUGGUGCCAGGAGGGGACCUGGCCAAAGUGCAGCGGGCCGUCUGCAUGCUGAGCAACACCACGGCGAUCGCGGAGGCCUGGGCCCGCCUCGACCACAAGUUUGACCUCAUGUAUGCCAAGCGGGCCUUUGUGCAUUGGUAUGUCGGAGAGGGAAUGGAAGAAGGAGAAUUUUCUGAGGCCAGGGAGGACCUGGCUGCCCUGGAGAAGGAUUAUGAAGAAGUGGGGACUGAUUCAUUUGAAGAAGAAAAUGAAGGGGAGGAAUUUUAAAUAUACACCUGCCCCUUG